AUGCUUCCCAACGCCCUCCUCCUCUCUCACCUACUUUGGUCUAUCGAUAUGCCGUCGCAGAAGUCGUUCCGCACCAAGGUUAAGCUGGCCAAGGCUGCGCGCCAGAACCGCUCCAUUCCCAACUGGUUCCGCAUGAAGACCGACAACAAGAUCCAGUACAACAAGAACCGCCGCCACUGGCGCCGCACGAAGCUCUCGAUCUAA